AAGGAUAGCGGCAGCAGUACGAACCUAGCUCCAGGAAAUGUUACUUGUGGUCACAAGUGCAAAGAUAAGAGCAGUUGCGCGCAUGAAUGCUGCAAGAUCGGUGUGUCGGCCAAAAUAGCCAGGAGGCGGAAGGAACCUUCGAUGCCAUUGUCGAAGCAUGCUCUCACAUCCCAAAGGACCUCAGAUGAAAGGAUUUCGAGCUUGGACGGGGAUGAUGGACUGAUAUUGCCUUCUGAGAAGUCAUACCAGAGGGCUGGCGCUCUUUCAGCUGCUCACAACGGAAGCACACAAGACCGCAGUGGAGAUGCGCAAAUCUCCUCUCGGCGCAGCUUUGCGGUAUCAGAUGAUGAAAGUCAAGGAGAGGACGACCCCAAUGAGAAUGAUCCAUACAAUUUUGCGAACGUCGACAAAGCGCCAAAAAGGAAACGUGUUGCCCAAUUUCUCGAUUUGGAAUCAGGAGGGGACGCCGACGCUCAUGCAUCUGACUACGAUGCUGAGUACGAGGGCGAGUUCGACGGCUGGCUGGUUGAUGAUGACGAAGACGUCAAUGAGGAUGUCGUUGGCGGCGUCGGGACUCACGAUAGUUCAGAAGACAUUUUCCUGCGCGAGGAGCGCGACCUGAUGAAUUUGCACUGCGAAGAUAUGGGACAAGGGGCUAAACGCCGCCGCGUCUGUGGUGAUGAGGACGAUGGACAAGAAGUAACAUCCACAAACUUUGGGUUAAGCACAUCGCAGUCACAAUCAAUGGUGACCUUCGACGAGAGCCAGUAUGAAGAGCCCGACAUCCUUUUGCAGCGAUCUAGCAUGGCGCUCACAACAGGCCGUUCGGACCAGGGCAACCGUGAUCAGGGCCGUCGGGUUGUUCAGUUUUCGGACAUGGGCGCGAAUAAGCUCAAAGCCGCUUCUGAUGUGAAACCUGGUUCCGCAGCACAAAAAAAUGCAGAAACGCAGGGUGGGAACCGUACUCACCAGACGGACGACAUGUUGCAAGUUCGCGCAUCCUUAAGUCAAUGGAUCAGUGGACUACGGGCUGAGGACCAUACAAAGCCGGAUCGGCCGGUGCCACCGGAGGAAACGACGAUAACAAGCCCGCAAGGAGCGACGGCGGGACAUGAGACCAACCCCGAUGGGGCCAAAACCGGGUACGUAGACAUUCGGAGAAGCCGGUUUUCGUGGACUUCAUCCCUAACGGUACAUGCUACAUGCAUCUAAAAAGGCCUGAAGCUACCAUGACGCAGCAAUUCAGUGUUCGUGACAUUUUUGCAGACUUGUUUUGAUGGGGACCUAUUAUUCUGACGGUCAGGCGUACGUCUUGUUUAUGAAACCUAUCUACCUUCUCUUCAUCAUGACAUGGCAAACAGUAAAGAACUUCGGUGCCCCCCGAUUGGAUUCCAUGUUGUGUUUUAUUCUUCUUUGAGUCAAGGCGAAGGAAGACAUCCCUGUGCCACAACCGAACGAUCGUCAGCCCUUAUCUUUUUCGCGGCCCGCUGAUCAGGGAUUGUGGCUUCAAAUUCACCGUAUGAAUGCA